GUUGAUUGUACGGUAUUUGGCACCCUUGCCACAACACUGUACCAUCCUGCUGCCACUUAUGCCAAAGAUUUGCUCAAAGAGGAAUAUCCAACCCUCGUCGCUUAUUUGGAUCGAAUCAGAGAUCAGGUCUUCGGUGAAGAAUUUGAAAAGCACUGAACUUCGUUCUGCCCACAGCGUAUAA